AUGGACUUCCUCCGCCUCCCCCCCAGUCUCCGACACUCCCUGCUCCACCAGCCACUCCUCCGCCGCUACCUCUCAACAACAUCAACAUACCAACCCUUCAACGACCCGACCCCCUUCAUCCCCACCACCCCGUCCCUCCUAACCCUCUCAACCACAAACCUAAACACCUACCAGAUCGCCCUACCACCCACCCCAACCCAAUUACGAUACGCCCAUACCUUCUUCGUCUCAGCCCCACCGACCUACCUCUUCACCUCCCCCUUCUUUCGCUCCUUCCCGCCGUCUCAACACCCCGAAGUCGCAUUCCUCGGCCGCUCGAAUGCGGGAAAGUCCUCCCUCCUCAACGCCUUGUUCGGACGAACUAAUGUCCGCGAUGCGCAUGUUUCGAAACGACCAGGACGAACGAAGACGAUGAAUGGAUUUGGUGUUUCUGGUGGCUUGGUCAUGGGUAGAGCUCCACUGGAAGGGCAGAGAGAGGUAGCCUGGAAACGUUUCCCGCGGGGUGGAGUGGUAGUGGUAGAUAUGCCCGGCUACGGCGGUGGGAGCAGAGAGGAAUGGGGCAAGGAGGUGAUGAAGUAUCUGGAGAACCGGAAGCAGUUGCGGCGGACGUUCGUGCUGGUGGAUGCCGAGCAUGGGCUCAAAGGGACGGAUAUCCAGUUACUGACGCAUUUGAGGCGGCGAGGGGUUGCUCAUCAGAUUGUUUUGAGCAAAGUCGAUAAACUUCUGUUCCCUAAUGCGAAGCCGCCGGGUGCAGAGAAAUUGAGUAAUGGGCUUCUGAAGCUCAAGGAACUUUGUGCGGAUGUUAAGAGUACGCUGAAUCGGGAGGCGGGCGAUGGGAGGGAGCGGUUGAUGGACGUGCUUUGUUGUAGUUCGGAGAAGAGUUUGGAGGUGGGGAGUCAGGGGCAAAGGGAAAAGAAGGUGGGGGUUGAUGAGGUGAGGUGGGCGGUAUUGAGUGCUUGUGGGUUGGAGUGCGAUGAGAAGGGUGGGAGGAGGAAGAUGGGGGGGAUGGAUAUUAAGAUCCAGGAUGAGGGGUGA